AUGCUCCUUCCGGCGUGGUGCUCCAGCAGACGCCGGGGCGGCGGGACCCUGCUUGUCCACUCUGCCUCCACGGGGGGCACCUCCAGUGCUGGGCCACCCCCCCGCACCCCCCCGCCAGCCGUGCAUCCCCCGAGCCUGAGCUCUUCCCUGCCUCCAGGUCUCAAGACCGAGCGUCAUCAGCACGUUCCGUCAGGAGCCCUGGCUCUUUCAGGGAGGAAGCCGGGCUCUCGCCGCAAGGGCAGGGCCUGCGUCAGUCAGGCCCCGGUCAUGCGCUGCCCCCAGGCCAGGCGCCCCCCUCCCGUGAGAGGUGGUGGGUUCACCGCCGAUCCUGCUCGUUUGUUCCAGCGGCAGAAGGAAUCCAACACAGUGACGACCACUACCUCUGCGGGCCGGACCUCGGCCACGUCGGGGGAUGCCUACCCUUCCCGUGGUGCCCGCCUAGGAAUCAGAAGACACGUUCCGGACACGCGCGUUGUCGCCGUUCGGGCCCUGCGGCGCCGUGAGGGCGAGGCCCCCGAGGCACGCCCUGCAGGGGCUGAUCUCAGCCGCGUCCACGCGGUGAGAAGAAAGCCGGGCGCCGCUGUGGAUGAGAAGCGGGCACCCCUCUGA